GAUAUUAAAUCAUGGAUUAGGUUUUCACAUGUAUAGGAAGAGAAUUUGCUGUUUUAACAAUCGUCGUUUAUUCAGUUCUCUUUGCAUAUGCCUGGAAGAAGACUGCAGAUUAUAGUAAUAAUACACCUCGCAUAUUUUCUGGAUUAUUUGGGGGAAUUAUGUUACUUUUGUGUCUCUUUAUCUGCAGAGGAGGUUUGCUAUGUUUGGCAUUUGUGCAGUCAUUAUUUAUGAUAUCUUCAUUUGGAGCUUCCAGCUUGGCUCUUAUUUUAGCUCUUCUAGCUGUUGCAUUUGUUCAAAUCCUACCUCUCUGGUUUUUAUCGUUUCUUCAUAAAAGACGUAGCGUUCACACCAGAAGAUGGAUGUUUGCAGUAGUUCUUCUGGAUGUCGGUUUGGCAUUAUUUGUUCUUCUAAUCACUUUGGGAAAGGAGGAAGGUUUCUUUGGAUGGACAUGUGUCAUUUUAUUUCUCCAAGUUCUAAGGAUGAUGGCAUUCUUUGAAGACCGUGUGUUUGUGGCUGAACAUGCAGGAGAACAGACACAACAGACUGAAAUGGGACAACAAGGAACAAAUCUGUUGUCUCUCUGUAAUGUAUUCAUGUACAUGUUUGGAGCAGUCGGUGUCAUUUUGUUGAACUCUGUUGCUCUGACAGCAGAACUGGUACAGAAAUCAAAACAUGGCGAGCGCGCAUUGGAGGAUCUGCGAUUCAUUGUUUUUCCAUCUGAAUGUGUUUUUGUCUUAUAUUGGUUUCUGUUCACUUUCUGGAAAACUAUAAAACCUAAAUCUGUAAACAAUGGAGGGAAUGUACAUCAAAGACACAGACGUAACCAUCCGAACGCAGCAGAGAUUCAUGAAAUGCAGAAUCUGUCUUCACCUGAUUCACAGAAAUAAUGAGAGAAACUGAUUGAUCUGAUCACAUGAUGAAUCUCUCGGCUCCCUUGAAAAACAAGAUGAGAGUCAAGAUUCAUUUUACUGUUUUUUUGUGCGUUUAUCAGUUCACAAUAUUGUCCGACAAAGUCAGAAUGAAUUUCGCUACACUGAAACUAAGAAAAAUGACUUCAAAGUUUUAUUUUACAAAUGUGUAUUAUAAAAUAGUCUCAUACUGUUUUCUCUAAAGCUCAGUACAGUUGAGUCAGAUUUAUCUGUUACACUGUUGGACAGAUCAAAAGAAACUUGAUUUCAGCCAUAACUUAAAGUGUAAACUCUUUUAAACAUGUUGAUAGAUGUGCCAAUCUUUGUAUUUUAAGAUGUUUUAUUAUUUUUAUAAUAUUCUGUCAUUAUGGUACUAGGAUGUCAUGCAAAAAAUAAUACUCAUGAAGUCUUCACCAUUAUUCCUAAAAUCUUUCCUGUGGGGUGGAUCACCCUUGUGUAAAAUAAAACUAGAUUUUCUAA